CUGCUCUCCUUUCGUUGUCCGAGCAGCGAGCAGUGUUUUUCUAUGCUGGUUCGCGAUUUCGCAUAAAUCAACAAAAUAAGCUAGCUGUGAAAAUUGGAUGAAUUUAUUUGUGAAAUUGUGUCUAUCGUAAAGUGCAUUGCCAAAUGUGACCCGUGAAGUGUCGUGCUUUGUGGUGGUGCGCUUCAGAGAAGCCGGAAAGCGACUUUGCUUCUCGAUACCGACAACUUCCGGCCUUCCAGCUAUCGGAGUGGUUUGUGUCUGGAAGAAGCCGAAAGCGAAAUGAUAUUAAAUUUAUAAUUGGCUGUGGCUGAGCUCAUCGCGCGUCGCUGGAUCUCUACAAUUUGAUGGAAAAUCAUCAUCUAAUCACAGCGACCUAAACCUCGCCCGGACACAACCAUUUAAUAGCUCUCACUAUAACGGAACGAAUUAAAAACCGCGCUCACGUGAGGUGAAAGAAUGCAUUUAGAAUAACAAUACAAAGUAAAUGAUAUACUCAAUAGCACAAGCACACACACACACACAUUUCUCCUCACUUCCCCUUUUUGUAUUGUGCGUUUGGGGUGAGAAUUCGUGGAUCGCUUUAAAAAAAAAAGAGCGCAAGAACCAAACGAAGUAAACGAACCGUAACGUAUCAGUAGACACUCAUUACUGAGUUUUGUGACGAGAUGACCAAACCAGUGCAACAAAAGCCAACAAAACAAACCGCGGCGAAAACUGAUUUUUGAUGAGAACGAUUACGGCCCGGCGCUCUCACUCCCUCACUCACACGCUGCUCCCUUUGAUACGCUAAUUUACUUCCGCAAAAACACAACAAUUCCACGCUGGACUGUACCUACGGGUUGAGAUUCAAUUAAAGGUGUAACGAAUUUCGCUAGCCGUAGUCAUUAUCGAGCGAGUUGGCUUUGGGGACGUGCCGCGAAAAAAAAGAGCUAGUUCUAAGUUUAGUGCAUCUUUGAAAAGUGAUUGCGAAAGUUGUGACCAGUGCGCGAACUCAUGAUUUAAGUUAGUUAACUUAGUUUGAUUUUACUCAUUGCGUUCUGAACGAAUUUAAUUAAUACUAGAAAAGAGUUGUGAACAGAUGGAAGUCUGCCGAAAUAGGUGCAAUAUAUUAGAUACGUUCUACAUCGAAACUAUUUUCCGCUAAGCAUCACGGUGGAUAGAAGAAGGCGAUAUUCUGCAGCCAUGAAGAUUACCGACUUAGGUGUCCGCAACCAUGGCCAUCCGCGAACGCUGGUCACCCUAAUCUUCGGCACGGUGCUCGGCUUUAUGUUCGCGACCUUCAUCACAUCGAGCACCUCGAAUCGUGCGCCGUGGCUGCCGGAAUAUUACCACUCCAAGGACGCUGCGCCGCCGAUAGUGAGUGAUCCGCACACGGGGCACGACCUGCGGGAUGCUGCGGGGCCGGAACAGGACGUGGGUUUCCACGGUGAGCACGAGGAGGCCCACGCGCACGAGAACAGCUCGCUCGCCAGUCAACUGUACAGGGAAGUGCGCGUGCUCUGCUGGAUCAUGACCAAUCCGAGCAAUCACAAGAAGAAAGCGCUGCACGUGAAACGUACGUGGGGCUCGCGGUGCAACAAGCUGGUCUUUAUGAGCUCGACUGCAGACCCACUUCUCGACUCGGUGCCGCUGCCAGUGAAGGAAGGCCGUGAUAAUCUUUGGGCCAAGACGAAGGAAGCCUUCAAGUACAUUUACCAGCAUCAUCUGGACGAUGCCGACUGGUUCAUCAAGGCGGAUGAUGACACCUACGUAGUGCUAGAAAACCUUAGAUAUAUGCUGUACCCGUACUCGCCGAGCAUCCCGAUCUACUUUGGGUGCAAGUUUAAGCCGUUCGUCAAGCAGGGCUACAUGUCCGGUGGGGCGGGCUACGUCCUCAGCAAGACGGCCGUGAAGCGCUUUGUCGAGGAAGCUAUCCCGAACAAGAACUGCCGGCAGGACAAUGAUGGCGCAGAGGAUGUCGAAAUGGGCAAAUGUAUGGAAUUGGUCAAGGUGCUUGCGGGAGACUCCCGAGACUCCCUUGGUCGGGGUCGAUUCUUCCCGUUUGUCCCGGAACAUCAUUUGAUUCCGAACCACGUGGACAAAAAUUUCUGGUACUGGAAGUACAUUUACUACAAAACUGAUGAGGGUCUCGACUGCUGCUCGGACAACGCCAUCUCGUUCCACUACGUGUCGCCCAACCAAAUGUACGUACUAGACUAUCUGGUGUACCACCUGCGACCGUACGGAAUCGUUGCCCACUCGCAGCCACUGCCGAAGAAGCAAUCACUAGCGGACGUGGUCCAGACGGACGAUCUCAGCAAAACGACGGAAAAGAGUCCGCAGCAGCCGGGGCAAGACGGAGAAGCGACGGAAACCAAAGAAAAACGCGAGGUGGAGGAUAAUUUACUGCUCGAAUAGUACUAACAACGGUACUACCUACCAACCAACCAUGAUGAUGACAACUAUCAUAGCUAUCUCAGUGGUCGAAUAGCUAACGGGUGCGAGUGAUUUGUUUUGUCCUUUUUAAAAAACUUUGAGUGAAUGAGAGUGAGCGUGUUGAUCAAACUAGUUCGUACGUACAAAGUGAAGUCUGUAGGCAUUUAAGCAUAAAGAAAGCCAUAUUAAUUCAUAUGUAUGCUGUAGGAAGCAAAUAUACCAAAGUUUUUUUUUCCUUUUUUCCUAAGUGAGAGUACCAAGUGAAGAAGGCAACCCAUUCCUUAUCGAAAUGUGUAUCUAACGAAUCUCCGUAAUAAAAUAUUUCAAUGCGUUUGAACCAAAUACGAUUA